AUUUUCCUCGUUUCUUCCUCCUCUGCCUUGGCCUGUGCCUGUGUGCCUGUGCUUCUCCCUCUCUUCUCCACCCUCACCAUGCUUCCCUUCCCCUCGCGCUUGACCUCCUCUCUCACUCCGUCCUCUUGUCGCAGCGGGGGCUCGAUGGGCGGCGUCUACAUCUGUGAAGACGGAGUCGCGCUGGACCCGCUACUGAUCUCCGGCUGCGCCGCCCACGAGGGGGAGGAGUACAAGGAAAAGGAGAAGGAAGUGGUCGGUGGGCUUUUUUUCCAUCGCAUCCCCUCGGCCUCCCCCCUCUCCGGCCGUCCCUCCACGCCGCAGUUCCACCAGUUCUUCCCCGCCCCUUCCCCCGAGCCGCUCGUCCCCGACGCGCCGGAUCCGAGCUUGUUAACUCCGGGCGACGACGGGAUGCGCUGCGACGCCGUUCGAGUGCCGGAAGAGAGGGUGGCCGGCUGCGAGGCGGAGAAGCGGGACUCGGACGCGGGCCCAUCCGGGUCCAGAACGAUGACGAGGGCGGAACUGGCGAGCUUGGUGACGUGGUUGAGAGGCACGGCGAUUGAUCCCCGCGACCGCACGCGGGCGGUGGAGAAGGAAGAGUUGGUGGGGGCGCAGGUGCUGAGAGCCCGGGAGACGCUGUUUCGGACUCUGGACGAUGCUACUAAGCUGAGGGAGUUCCCGCUUCCUCCUGAGAAAAAGCAAAAGGUUAGGAGACACUCAGUAGGAUUACAGAAGAAAGGGAAGGUUGGUUCUGUUGAAAAACUGAUUCAGCCAAAACGGAGGUCUGAAAGGAUUGCUCAAAAUGAGAAUGAAAAUAUUCGGCAUCUUCGCACCCGCAGAAAGCGCAUUGGACUUGGAUCGAAUUUCCAAGCUGAUGUGCCUGCUUGGAUGGGUCCACCCAGUGAAACGAGCAUUUCUAGUUAUAACGAGGAUUCCGAUAUAAAUAAGUGGGUUGGCUUUCUAACUUGGCCAGCACAAGAGAUUGACAGGGAAGAAUUUGACAAAAAAUUUCAAGGAGAAACAAAUUGUUGUGCUUGCCCCUCCCCAGGAUCAAUAGUCUGCAUCAGAUCUCAUGUGAGUGAAGCCAGAUUUAAACUGAAGGCUGAGCUAGGUCAAGCUUUCUUUGAUUGGGGCUUUGAUAACACGGGUGAAGAAGUUUCCGAGUCAUGGACAAGUGAGGAACAAGCUUGGUUUGAUGCUCUCAAGAGACGAGAAAAUGAGUCAGGAACUAGUGUUUGGCAAGCUAUUCCAACUCACUUUAGCUCCAAAAGUAGACGAGACUUGAUAAACUAUUACUUCAAUGUUUAUCUCUUGCGACGAAUGAGCAUUGACAGUAGAUUAACACCUGAGUACAUCAACUCAGAUGAAGAGAAUCACGAUGAUGAGCAAGAAGAGGAUCCCAAAAAGAAGAGAGUUGCAGUAAAGAAAAAGGCCAAGUUCUUAAAGACUCAUGCUUCAGAUUGCGUGGAUGUUGAUAGGGUCACAGAAGUUGAAGAAGCAUUAAGAUCACCUUAGCACAUGAGAAUUUCCCCAAAUACCAAUGGGGUCGACCUACAAAAAGUUUAUUUUCAUUGAAAAAGAGAACCCUCAAGUGCCUAAGGCUCAGAUGACAAAAUCAAAAGAUGAUUUGCAAAUUGAGUUUGCACAUCUAAAAGUAGAGUUCCACUGAUCAAAAAAACAGGAACAGGCGUAUUCAACUCCACUAUUCUCGUUUUUUUGUUUUAUAUAUUUUUUUUUCUACAUCUAAGAUCAAGCAAUUUUAUAACUAUUGUUAGGUUUGCAAUCAUUUGUAACAUUUGUGCAUACUUUAGAAGCAUGACUACUUUUCUGCCUCUUGCUUAAUGGAUCAUGAUUAAAAUUUAGGGUGGUGAUUGUAUGUAGCCUAAGUUUAUAUGAUCUCCCAUUUUUCCUA